CCUCGAUAUGGCCGUCGAAGACGACUCGCGCAUUACCGUCGAGGGAGACGUCAAACUAUUGAUGUCUAUAAGCAAUGAGAACAAGAAUAAAAACGGCGGACAACAGACCGGUUCAGCCGAUGUCUACGAAAAUAGCACUCGUAUGGAGAGUAGCGGUGAUCCUCAGAUGCAGCAGCCAAAGGGUUCGCCGGUCUACGACACGGAUGACCUCAUCUAUUCGGGCGCCGGAAGCGGUUGUUUCGAUGCCGACGACGAGGACGACUGCAGUAAAGUCGAGGGUUCGGGCGAUGAUCUGAUAACUCCGGUCUACACUUCUAGCCCGAGAUCGGCGACAGCUGUUCCUCCCUAUGCUCUGCCGUCAACCGACACAUCCGUUGUGUCCCAUAAGUGUGACGACGACGAGGACUGUAUUGACGGUUCGGGUUCGGGAGAGCAGACCGUCCAUCACGUGACCGCCGGCUCAACCAAUAAUGUUUACGGUGGCGGACAGUCGGGCGUUCAUCACAUCCAGUAUACAACGACAAGAGCGCCGUACGAGCCUCCGUGGGUGGGCUCGUGGACAUUGCCUCCCCUCACGUCAGCCCCGGUGCCGACCGAUCAUUCAUUUGAUAGAUACUAUCCACCGAUCGAU